AUGGGCGUGGCUCUCGCCCAGCUCGCAGCAUGUAAAGCCCCCCGGUACCCCUUCCGCCAGCCUGCACUGGGCCAGAGGUCCCAGAGCACAAAGGAGCGGGUCAUGGUGGGCUCCGUUUCCGUGGCAGACUCCGGCCUCCUCAGCCCCUCGGCAUUCCCCCUGCCUCGUGUGUCCAUGCCCCCCCCCAGGCGGCAACUGCAGAGCAACACCCCCGGGCUCAAUUUUCACACACAGCGAAUGCAGGCGACCUGGCUGGAGCCCAUGAAAAGGCUCAGCACGCAGCACCUGUACCACCCGACGCAGGUGGAGAUCGUGCAGUCCAACGUGGUGUUUGACAUCAGCAGCCUGAUGCUGUACGGCACACAGGCGGUGCCGGUCCGACUGAAAAUCCUGCUGGACCGGCUCUUCAGCGUGCUGAAGCAGGAGGAGGUGCUGCACAUCCUGCACGGCCUGGGCUGGACGCUGCGCGACUACGUGCGGGGCUACAUCCUGCAGGAUGCUGCAGGCAAGGUGUUGGAUCGCUGGACCAUCAUGUCCCGGGAAGAGGAGAUCAUCACCCUGCAGCAGUUCCUGCGCUUCGGGGAGACCAAGUCCAUUGUCGAGCUCAUGGCCAUCCAGGAGAAGGAGGGUCAGGCGGUCACAGUGCCCUCGUCCAAGACUGAUUCUGGCAUCAGGACGUUCAUUGAGAGCAACAACCGCACCCGCAGCCCCAGCCUUCUGACGCACUUGGAGAGCAGCAGCCCAGCCUCCAGCAUCCACCACUUUGAGAACAUCCCCAACAGCCUAGCCUUCCUGCUCCCAUUCCAGUACAUCAACCCUGUCUCUGCCCCCAUGCUAGGCCUGCCCCCCGAUGGAUUAGCACUGGAGCCGCCGGGCCUUCGACUGCGGGAGCCUGGUCUGGUCACUCAGGGUGAGCCUCUGGAAAGCACUGAGUCAGAAGUCUCGCUUUCUCCAUUCCGUGGUGCACCAAGCCCGAGUCGUGGUGGUUCGUGCAGCGUUAUUGGCAUGGUGGAGCCCAAGGCUGAGCCAAACAGCACCUCCCCCGCACCUCCUGCUCCAAUUGCACAGCAGCCUCAGUCCCAGCCACCCCAGCCAACGCAAAUCCAGCCGGCCCAGCAAGCUCAGCAACAGCAGCAGCUCAGCCCUCUGGAAGACCACCCCUCUCACCACCCUUUCUCCAAAAGCGAGCCACCUAAGACCGUCACUCAUUCCUCCUUCUCCUCCAAGAUGCACCGCAUGCGGCGCAUGGGCUCCACUUCCCGCAAGGGUCGCGUCUGCUGCACCUCCUGCGGCAAGACCUUCUAUGACAAGGGCACGCUAAAGAUACACUACAACGCCGUGCACUUGAAGAUCAAGCACCGCUGCACCAUCGAGGGCUGCAACAUGGUCUUCAGUUCCUUACGUAGCCGCAACCGGCACAGCGCCAACCCCAAUCCCCGGCUGCACAUGCCCAUGCUGAGGAACAACCGAGACAAGGACCUCAUACGCUCCACAGGCUCCGCCACACCUGUGAUUUCCAGUACGAAGAGUGGCUUCACCCUGACCAAUCCUGGGAGACCACCACUGGGCUUUGGCACCCCACCUUUGGACCCUAUGCUGCAGGGCUCACUGGUUUUCCCAUCCUUGAAGCCGGUACAGCCAGUACAGCCCGUGCCACCCUUCUACCGGAAGCUGUUGUCACCGGUUGACUUGGUGAGCACUCUUCCAACCAGCCCCAUACUGCCCACCUCCACAAAUAGCAACUCUCUGAUGGAGCAACAGGAACAAGUUCCAGCCGCAAAUUCCCACAGUGUCCUGGGCUCAGACUUAGGACACAUCAGUCAUAGUCUGUCUAAUCCAGGCCUCCAAGACCCUACCAUUGACCACAUGCCCAAGAAGAAGCCCCGUAAAUCCAGCAUGCCAGUGAAAAUCGAGAAGGAGGUGAUCGCAGUUGCUGACGAAUAUGACGACAAGGAUGAUGACGAUGAUGACAGCUCCCCCCCGCGGCACCUGCAUAUCCACAAUAACAUCAACGGUAACUAUAAUAACAAUAACAACGGUAAUGGCGACCACUACAAUGGGGACAGCUGUCACCAGUCGCCAUCCCAUGAUGAGAUGAGCCCCGGCAUGGCUAUCCGAAGCACUCUGAGGCAGGAGCAGGAUGAGUACCGUGGGAAGGGCAUGGGCAGCGAGCUCCGGUGUAUGGACAGCUACACAUCUGAGGACCAGGACCACGAGAGGGACUUCGAUAAUGAGUCGGAGACCUCUGAGCCCAAGACGUGCUACCGGGACGAGCUGAUGGAGGCUGAGGAGCAGCGGCAUGUGAGCAGCCUAGACCGGGAGAAGGAGAUGGAAGAGGAUGAGGAUGACCGUAUGAGGAAGGACAUGGAUGACAACAGCCUUUCUUCACCCUCACCGCACCAGCCUGUCAUCAAGAUCAAGGAGGAACUGAGUGACCCCACUUACGAGAUGUUUUGCAUGAGCCAAUACGGACUUUAUAAUGGUAGCGCUGGGAUGGCUACUGCAGCAGCUGCAGCUAGCAUGGCUGCCCUGCACGAAAGCUUUGUCUCCUCUAUGGGCUAUGGCUCCAGCCCACCCAAAUUCCACUCGCACUCCCCUGACGGGGACCUGUGCUCCAGCCCCGACCCUAAGAUCUGCUACGUCUGCAAGAAGAGCUUCAAGAGCUCCUACAGCGUGAAGCUGCACUACAAGAAUGUGCACCUGAAGGAGAUGCACGUGUGCACCGUGGCAGGCUGCAACGCCGCAUUCCCCUCGCGCCGGAGCCGAGACAGGCACAGUUCAAACAUCAACCUGCACCGGAAACUUCUGACCAAAGAGCUGGACGACAUGGUCCUGGACCCCCACGCGCCUCUACCGCGGGACCUGCAUUCCGAAUUCCUGGCUAAGAUCUACGGAAGCCACCACCUGGGUUUGGAGGCCAUGGGGGUGGGUGGAGGGCCGCGGGGAUUUGGCCGCGACGACCCCGGCUCGCCGGCGGGAGCCGAGUAUUCCCACGGCAACGGCUUCUGCAGGGGGGCGUCUGACGACUACGCAGUGCUGGACCUGAGCACUGCCUCCAGUGUCCAGUCCAGCGGGAGCGCGCACUCCUCCUCGCGGGAGUCGGACGACGGCAGUGACGAGGGGAUCCUCCUGGAUGAACUGGAGGGCGCCAGUGACGGGGAGGGGCCCGGCAGAGCCGCCGCGGGCGAAGGGGGCGAGUCGUCCUCAUCGCCGACGCCGCUGUCCAUGCCGGGGUCUGGUUUUGGGGGAGGCAUCGUGUGCAGCAUCUGUCACAAGAUGUACAGCAACAAGGGAACACUGCGGGUGCACUACAAGACGGUGCACCUGCGUGAAAUGCACAAGUGCAAGGUGCCCGGCUGCAAUAUGAUGUUCUCCUCAGUCCGCAGCCGCAACCGGCACAGCCAGAACCCAAACCUGCACAAAAACGUGCCCUUUGCAGCCAUCGUGGACUAGCUCCCCCCCCCCUCCCACACCCCAGCUCCCCCUCCCUCCUCGUUCCCCGGCCUGGACUGCCGUACGUCCUGCUUCCCCUGCCCCUUUCUAGGACUACAUCAGCUUCCUCUCAGCGUGUUUUUACCACGUCUCUUCCUUCCAAUAGCUGACGGAUCUGUCUGCGCAUGUGUCGCCCAUGCGUGUGCGCGGACACACGCGUGACACACGGCGGCACAGACUCAGGCGGUGGCUCCACUCUCAGCUACUUUGACAUUGCCUUCCCUUCGGAAGGGCAGAAUAACAUUCCCCGAA